ACAUUAGCGAUCCAACAAUAGUUUAGCUGGUGAUCUAACUAAAAUUAUCAUCAUAUGUUGCUAUAUAUACAUAUAUUAUUUUUUCAGAAAGAAAAGAUUGAAACUCACCUUGUUUCUGUUUAUGCCAAAACUAAUUAGGAAGUUUAGAUCCUCUGACAAGAUCAGGAUAUCAUAAAAAUAGAAGAACGGAAAACUUAACAAGGCUGCAGAAAAGAUGAGAAUAGAAUGAAAAAUAAUUAAGAUAGCCUUCGAAAUACUACUGAAUAACUUUAUGCAAUGGAAAUCCAAGAAUCAACUCUGAUUUGUUUCUCUUUCCCUUUAUUUUCUUUAGCCCUUUGAGAUACAACAUUUAUAAGCUUCAGUUCACCCAUACUUUGGUCACAAAACCUUUCAGCAUGCAAAAUAAUGAGAAACUACAACUACAUAGUUGCUGAUAGUGAACUUCAACUUCAGCAGCUGCCUCCAUCAUAACAUUGGAACAGGCAAACAUUUUCUUUUUGGAUAGAGCUUUAAUUUAAUUUAAACUUCUCCCUCCAGAAAAUAACCCAGUUUGAUUCAUCAGACCUUCCUGUUUUGGUAGAUUGUCAAAAGAUGAAUACAGUUACUGAUUUGAAAUAACAUUUUUUUGACCAUGGCUGUUUAAUUCUUUUUACCCGUCUAUGCAUCUUAGAAUCUGAACUACUUAACCAUUAUCUCCUUCGCAUUAAUAAUCCCUCUGGCUCUCAAUUUUAAAUAUGAAAAAGGUCAAAGACCAGAAGAUUGUUGUGGUAGAGUCUCUACUAGCAGCUAUUUCAGAGAUCAUGUCAUCAGUAGCUUCUGUGGAGAUUGAACAUCAAACUUUCAUGGAAUUGGGAUGCUAUCUCCAUCGCAUUUCUCCUGUAAUUAUGGAGUUUCGGACAAUCGAAAAUGGCUCUCCGAGUGCCUUACAAAUUCUACAAUCUUUAUCUGCUAAAGUCAAGCUUGCAAAUAAUCUUGUAGCAAAAUGCAGCACAGGAGCUAAGUCAAUUAGGGAUGAUGAUCUUAAAUUCAUCACUGAAGAGCUGGAAGAAGUUAUAAGAAAGCUCGGGCAGGAUCUUAGCACCAUACCGUUGCCUACUUUUCAGAAUAAGAAGUAUGCUGAAAUCACAGUUCAAUCACUUUCAAGAGAGAUGAAAAAUGUUUGUUUCCACAUAAAUGGAACUGGAAACUGCAUUACAGAAGAACACAAGUUAGAAAAUUCAUCUGUAGAACAAUUGGUGAAGAGAAAAGAUGCAGACCUAGUUCCAAGUUCUGAUGAGAAGAAUAAAUUACACAGUACAUGGAGUGGGUAUAUGCCACGUCUGGGAGAUUUUCUUGAAGGCAUGGAUUAUGAUGCAUGGAAAUAUGCUAGCGGAUCGAUUGAGACACUAUCACAAAUAGCAGAAUAUAGUGAGCCACUAUAUGAUACAUUCUUUUGCCCAAUAACAAAGAGAAUCAUGGAUGAUCCUGUCACAAUUGAAAGUGGCAUAACAUUUGAAAGAAAGGCGAUAGCCGAGUGGUUUGGGAGGUUUAAAGAUGUUUCAGAGACAAUCACUUGUCCAGCAACAGGUAUUAAACUGCAAAGCAGAGUUUUAAAUAGCAAUAAAGCAUUAAGGACCAUAAUAGCUGAAUGGAAAAGAAGAAAUGAAGUGAAGAGAAUCAAGGUUGCUCAUAAUGUUCUAUUAUUAGACAAAUCAGAGGCCAUGGUACUGGAUGCAAUAAGAGACCUAAACAUCUUGAGCCAAAAAAGAGGAUACAACAGGGAGGAGAUGCACAACCUAGGAAUUACAAAGCUACUCACAAGCUUUCUAGAACAUAAAAACAUGAUGGUGUGGACUGAAGCUUUGAAACUUCUACGCUUACUUGUGGAGGACGAAGAGGGAAAGGUUAUAGUUGCAAAUACCAAUGCCCUUGAAAGAACAACUGAGAUGCUAUCAAGCAAUAAUGCUUCAGUAAGGCAUGAAUCAAUAGCAUUCUUAUUGGAACUUUCAGAAACUGAAACUUUGCUGGAAAAUAUUGGAUCUACUGCUGGUUGCAUCCUGACACUCACUACCAUGAAGUAUAACGAGUCCGCUGGUUCUUUAGCUGUGGAGAAAGCAGAAAAAAUUCUCAAGAACUUGGAGAAGUAUCCGAGGAACAUCAAAUCCAUGGCAGAGUAUGGAUACUUGGAACCCCUUCUGGACCAUCUCGUUUCAGGCACAGAAGAGGUGCAGAUAGAGAUGGCAAGUUACCUCAGUGAACUAAUUCUUGAACAUGACAUGAAAACCUAUGUCGCAGAGAAGGCCUCCAAGGUCUUAAUAAAGAUGGUCACCACCACACAUACCAUUAUUACACAGAGAGCAGCAUUCGGAGCUCUUGUCCAGAUCUCAUCCCACCCCCUGAACAACCGAAUGCUUGUAAAUGCUGGCAUCAUCCCUAUCCUGAUAGAAGAGAUGUUCACUUGUGGAAUCUACAACACAUACAUAGACUUCAAGGAACAAGCUGCUACAAUCCUUGCAAAUAUAGCCAAAUCUACAACUGACCUAGAGACGAUCCAAGUUGAUAAGCAUGGCCACACCAUUACCUCACAUUACUCCAUCUACAACAUUGCCCACAUGCUGAAAUGUUCCAAAUCAGAUAAGCUCAACAUCAACCUUAUCAAUAUCUUGCUCUACAUGGCCAAAAUCCCCAGACAUAUUGCCACAGUGGUGUCAGUGAUCAAAGAGACUGAAGUGAGCUACACGCUCAUCGAACAGCUAAAUUCCCCGGUGGAAGUGCUCGUCGUUGCUGCAGCGAAGUUACUCACAGAACUGUCAUUUCACAUUGGCCACACAAUAGCAGAAGGUCUCUGCAAGACCCAAGGCCAGCCGGAGGGCCUAAUCAAGAGCUACGACAUCGAUCAAAUCACAAAGAAGCACGCAAUCUCAGUAAAUCUAAUUGCGAAGCUGCCGCACAAGAAUUUGACACUCAAUCUGUCUCUGCUCCAUCAAGGCACAGUGCCUGCAAUUAUAAGCAGAAUGCAUGGGAUCCUGAGAGGUGAAACCAGAACAACGAGGUACACGAGGUGCUACCUCGAGGGGUUAGUGGGCGUGCUAGUGAGGUUUACAGCCACUCUUUUUGACCAGGAGAUCCUUCAAAUGGCUCGAGGACAGAACUUGACAUCAGUGUUCACAGAGUUGCUGGUUAGGACAGGGGGGAGCAAUGAAGUGCAGAGGCUAGCAGCAGCGGGACUUGAGAACCUCUCUUCCCAGUCUGUUCAUCUCUCAAGGCCACCAGAGGUGCUGAUCCCCAGCAGGAGGAGGUUCUUGUCAAAAAGCUUCAGCUCGAGUUCACAGGAGGCAAAGAAAUCACAGAGGGUUCAGCUAUGUCUGGUGCACAAGGGUGUCUGCUCCUCCUCCACCACCUUCUGUCUACUGGAGUCCGGAGCUGUGGAACGGCUGCUGGGCUGCCUGGAACAGAAAAACCCAGAGGUGGUGGAGGCAGCACUAUCGGCCAUUAGCACACUGUUGGAUGAGAGAGUCGAUGUGGAGGAGGGUGUGAGGGUGCUGGGUGAGGGUGAUGCACUGAGCUUUGUGCUGGGGGCCCUGCGGGAGCACAGGGAGGAAGGUGUGCGGCAGAAGUGUUUCUCGGUGAUCGAGAGAUUCUUGAUGAGUGGUGGAGAUAGUAUUGUAGGAGAGAUCGCCGAUGACCGGAUGGUGCGCGCUGCACUAGUGACUGCUGUUCAUAAAGGGAGUGGCAGCACCAAGACGAUGGCUGAGAACAUACUGAGGUAUCUGAACAAUAUACCCCCACUGAGCUAGAAAUAUGGCCAUUAGAAUUGAUUGUCUUAGAACUAUACAAACCAUACGUAAGGCUGGAAACUUGGAGCUGUGCAUCAGUGACAGUUUUACUUUC